AUGGCAAAUCAGACGGUGAAAGAUGCUCACAGCAUCCACGGCACCAACCCACAGUACCUGGUGGAGAAGAUCAUCCGGACGCGCAUCUACGAGUCCAAGUACUGGAAGGAGGAGUGCUUUGGGCUCACAGCGGAGCUUGUAGUCGAUAAAGCCAUGGAACUAAGGUUUGUGGGGGGCGUCUACGGUGGCAACAUCAAGCCAACUCCUUUCCUGUGCCUGACCUUGAAGAUGUUGCAGAUACAGCCAGAGAAGGACAUCAUAGUGGAGUUCAUUAAAAAUGAAGAUUUCAAGUAUGUCCGCAUGUUGGGGGCCCUGUAUAUGAGGCUGACGGGCACUGCCAUUGACUGCUACAAGUAUCUGGAACCUCUUUACAAUGACUAUCGGAAAAUUAAGAGCCAGAACCGAAAUGGAGAGUUUGAAUGGAUGCAUGUCGAUGAGUUCAUCGAUGAACUGCUACACAGCGAGCGUGUCUGUGACAUCAUCCUGCCCCGGCUUCAGAAGCGGUAUGUGCUGGAAGAAGCCGAGCAGCUGGAGCCUCGGGUCAGCGCCUUGGAGGAGGACAUGGACAAUGUGGAGUCCAGCGAGGAGGAAGAGGAGGAUGACGACUACAAGCUGGAGAGGGCCCCAUCCCCAGAUCACCGCCGGCGAAGCUACAGAGACCUGGACAAGCCCCGGCGCUCCCCCACACUGCGCUAUAGACGGAGCCGAAGCCGCUCCCCAAGGAGACGCAGCCGAUCUCCCAAAAGGAGGAGUCCAUCCCCCCGUCCAGAAAGACAAGGCAGCAAGAGCCCCCGAAGUCACCGGAGCGGAUCCCGAGAACGGAAACACCGCUGCCGAUCCAAGUCUCCAGGCCACCACCGGAACCACAGACACCGGAGCACCUCAAAGUCCCCAGAAAGGUCAAAGAAAAGCCACAAGAAGAGUCGGCGAGGGAAUGAGUAA